AUGAAUUCUUUCCGUAAAAGUUACACCAACAACAUCAGUAGACGAGAGUCGUUAGAAUCAAUGCCGAAUGUAUUUAAUGCAGAAUUGUUGAAUUUAUAAUUUGAGAAUAAGAAAAAAGAAAUCAUCAAUGAAUAUGUUGUAAAAAGAAAGGCUGAAUUGUUGGAGGAAAUGAAAUAAGAAGAAAUUUAUUAAGAAUAUGACAGAAAAACUGAAACUCAAAAGUUAAAGGCAUUGUUGGCCAAUAUCAAAUAUCAAAAUGAUCUAAUGAAAUUAAAUCUAACUUAAUACAAUUAGGUAGAAGUGGAAUAGAAGAAAUACUCCAUUCUCCAGGAGAAUGACUUGGCUGCUAUCAACAAUUAAAUAGCUGCUGAAUAAGAAUAAAAUCAAACAUUAUAGCAUAAAAUUCAAGUAUUGGGUCAUUCAGUGAGGGAAAAUCAAAAGAGGAACAAUACUAUUAUUGAAUAAUUAUAAUUAUACACUCAGAAACAACCCCAUAUUUAGUUAAAGGAGUUCUAAAAUUUGCAGGCUUUUAAUGCAGCAAAAAAGUAAAAUAAAAAGAUAAAAAAGGCGUUGUAGGAGGAAAAAGAGUGGUCUAAGUAAUACUUACAUGAUAAUACUUCAAAUUAUGAACAUAAAAACUAAAUUGUCAAAGAAAAUUUAGAAGGCUUAUGUCAAUAAGAAGAAAGAUUAAAAUAUCUAUAGGAAUAAUUGAUUCUGACUGAAUUAUAGAUUUAGGAUAUUAACUUAGAGAUAUCGACUAAGUUCAAUAAGAUUGAGGAAUGCGCAGAGUUCUUGGAUGAAUUGGAUGAUUUCGAUAAGAUCAUUUUAAUCUUUGUAAUGGAGGAUCCCAAAGAUUUUGAACUGCCAGAAAUUUUGGAAAAUGCCAGAAAUCAAUUAUAAAAACCAAGGAAUAGAAUGCAAAUUGCCGAUAGUGAAUAGGAAUAUAUUGACAGAGCUAGAUUCAGUAGUGUAAGUUCGAGAAUGAAGAUCUUUUUUAAAUUCCACCACAAUAAUUUAUAAAAAUCUAUAGAUGAUUUGAUUUAAGUAUAUCGUAAAUUAUAAUUUAAUGAAAUGACUUAAAAAAAUAGGUAUGAAGAUUUAUUAGAUUAAAAAGCAAAAUUGAAAUAAACUUUAGAAGAUUUAAAUUCCUUGGAAUUCUAUGCAAUGGAUGACAUUUUGUUUGAAAGAGAUGAUGAACAUAUGAAUGUUGAAGAAUUGAAUGUAGAGGCAGCUUUGAUUUCUAAGAAUUAGUAAAUUCGAUUAGUUGAGAAUAAUGCUUAAUUUGUAUUGAGAAUGUACAGUAUGCUAACCAAUGCAUUAUUUAGGAUGAUUAAUUCACUCCUAAACAUCAAAGAAGUAUUGAAGACCUGUCCCUCAGAAUUGUUUGAUUAAGAUUUUUAUUUAAAAUGGACAUAUAAUAAAUUAUAUUCAAAGCUAAAUACUAUUUAUGAUUAAUUGGAGAACCAAUUCAAAAUUAAGAUAGUUGUAAAAGAUCCUGUUAUUCGCAAUUCAAAUCAAUUAUUGAAUGCUAUUUAUGAUCAUCUCGAAGAUCGUUCGCAUAAAAGAAAAACCUUGCUUCCCAUAGCUCAGAAACAAGGGGUCUAAGAGAUUUUAGGUUCUGUAUUAAAUAAAGAAGAAUUGAAAUUAAUUUCUGACGCUAUUAUUUAAGACCCAAUUUUGGCUUAGUUCUUCUCCAUUAUUGAUUUAUAAAAUAUUGUUUCAUAACUUGAGAAUUACAAUUUAGAUACUGUGUUGAAAAAGAUUAAAACUGAAGGCUAUUAAGUAGCUCUAACAAAUGCAAGAACAUAAUUAAAAUUCCUUUUAAAUUUCAUUGAAGAGGCGAUCAUUGACUGCAAGAACAUCUAGGAGUAACAAAAUUCUGCUAAACUCCUUUAACAAAAGUAUAAAUUAAAAGAUUUAAUGGAAAAGCACAUGAAUAGUUAUGAAUUCAAACCGAAAGAAUGGAAAAAGGAUGUAAUUGAGAAUAAAAUCAAACAAUUAAAACCAUUGAAUGGAUAACCCUUUGAUGAAUAGCCAUCCCCUUUUACUGAAAUGAGAUCUUAAAAACAAUUAGUCACUCAAUCUCCAACGCCAAAACCACUACCUAUUAGAUUUGCCAAGACAGAGCAAUCACCAAAUGAAAUUAAAAGAUUUAUCUUUACUAUCGAUUCUCAGAUACCAAAUUGUUCGUAAUCUUAAGCAAAUCAAAAGCAAUCUGACCCGAUUUUUAUUCAUUUACAUCACAUGAAUAGGAAAAUGAAGAACCUUAAUCGAUCAUCAACCCAGUAGAAACCAAACCCUCCUCAUCAUUUUGAUGUGUUCUUCAGCAAAAAGAGUGUAGAGCUAUCUCGUGAUUCCAUUACUAAUUUACAACUGAUAUCCACACCUGUAUAAAAGAAUAAUGUCAUUCUAAGAACAGCUUCUAAAUGCCCAAAAUUGUUAAACAAUACUAAUAAUAGCACUAAUUUAAUUUCAACAAGAUCUAAGUGUAAUACGAAGGUUUCAAAUGAUCAGAAAUUGGAAUUACCUUUAUAAAUUUGCAAGUCACAAUUGUCAUCAACAUAUGGAACCGCAAAUAAAAAAUUAUAAGAUUUCUUCAACAUGACAAGCAUUAGAAAAAGAUGA